GUACAAUGGUGCUUUACCUAAUGGAGAUAGAGGACGGAGGAAAAGCCGCUUUGCCCUCUAUAAGCGCCCCAAGGCUAAUGGCGUCAAACCCAGCGCUGUCCACGUGAUAUCCACGCCCCAGGCAUCCAAGGUGAUGUGCGACCCAUGCAUAGCCUGCCAGGGACUCAGGAGUGCACACUCGGGACCGUGCCGACUACCUGAGGAGCUACGUACAGCGAUCAGCUGCAAAGGCCAGCACAGCAUCUCCUACACUUUAUCAAGAAACCAGACCGUGGUGGUGGAGUACACACAUGAUAAAGACACGGACAUGUUUCAGGUGGGCAGGUCAACCGAAAGCCCCAUCGACUUUGUCGUCACAGACACCAUUUCUGGCGGCCAGAACAACGACGAAGCCCAGAUCACACAGAGCACCAUCUCCAGGUUCGCCUGCAGGAUCGUGUGCGACAGGAGCGAGCCCUACACUGCGCGGAUAUUCGCCGCUGGCUUUGACUCUUCUAAAAACAUCUUCCUUGGAGAAAAGGCAGCGAAGUGGAAAAACCCUGAUGGCCACAUGGAUGGGCUGACGACCAACGGCGUCCUGGUAAUGCACCCGCGAGGCGGCUUCACCGAGGAGUCACAGCCGGGGCUGUGGCGUGAGAUCUCAGUCUGCGGGGACGUGUACACCCUGAGGGAGACCCGGUCGGCGCAGCAGAAGGGCAAGCUGGUGGAAAGCGAGACCAACGUGCUGCAGGAUGGCUCCCUCAUCGACCUGUGUGGGGCCACGCUUCUCUGGAGAACCGCAGACGGGCUCUUCCACGCUCCCACACAGAAGCACAUCGAAGCCCUGCGGCAGGAGAUCAACGCCGCCCGGCCCCAGUGUCCUGUGGGGCUCAACACCCUGGCCUUCCCCAGCAUCAACAGGAAAGAGGUGGUGGAGGAGAAGCAGCCCUGGGCGUAUCUCAGCUGCGGCCACGUACACGGGUACCACAACUGGGGCCACCGCAGCGAUGCGGAGGCCAACGAGAGGGAGUGUCCCAUGUGCAGGACUGUGGGCCCCUACGUGCCUCUCUGGCUGGGCUGUGAGGCAGGAUUUUAUGUGGACGCAGGCCCACCGACUCACGCUUUCACCCCCUGCGGGCACGUGUGCUCAGAGAAGUCUGCAAAGUACUGGUCUCAGAUCCCGCUGCCCCACGGGACCCACGCGUUCCACGCUGCCUGCCCCUUCUGCGCCACGCAGCUGGUCGGGGAGCAGAACUGCAUCCGAUUGAUUUUCCAGGCUCCGGUUGACUGACGCCCUUCAUGGCCACUCACUCUAGAUCCUGCCUUUCUGUAAUGCUGUUCAUGGAGGGGAGGCUGGACUGGGCUGGCAGGGAAGAAAGGGGCACAGGACACAGUGCGGAAACACGGUGGCAGUGUCACACACACCGGCGGGUGUCACAUGUUCCAGACGGUGGCGGUGUCCCAGUGUCUGCCCAGUUAAACCAUAAUCUCUGCGUGAUCGUUGGUGGUCCGCUGCCCUGCUCUUAUUUUUAACCUUGGGUUUUUAACCAGGUAUUUUCCCUUUGUAAACUCAGACAAGAUUUUAAAUCCUGUUGCAAGUGUAGAAGAAACGUGUUCACAUGUUGUUCGCUCAUAGCUUGCCGCCUUGGUGUCACCUGCACCCGCGGUGGUGCCCAGAAUCCGACCCCGGUGGCAGACAUGGGCGACAGGCAGGAGGCCGUGAUGGAGGGGCUUGUUCCGAACCGUGGGCCUUCGUUCUGGUUUAUUUUACUGACAUUUUGGGGAGAAAAAAAUUCAUGUACGAUCGUAAGUUUUUUCUUACUGUAGUGGAAUUUACUUAUCCACUCACACAUCAGAUACUUGGCAUUCCAAACAAAAGAACUUUCCGUGAUGUUUUAGUCUGCCUUCUAUACUUCCGCUUAAUAUGGUUUGUCCCCGGUCCUCAUCUUGCAUGGCCAGAACUGCUUGACGAGUUAAAUACAGCAGCUCUUGGACAUCAUUAAGCGGCACUGCGACCUGGGCACUGUAAUGCCGGCUUCAUCUGCACACUGAAUUAUUUAAGAUCUGAGAGAGAUUCAAAGUGCACUUUUACGUUUUAAAACCACUUGUUGAGGUUUCCUCAGAUGUUUUCUUUGUCUUCUGUAAAAAAAUCAAAGCGCUGUGAGCCCAAAGGCAGCAGAUCACGGUGAUAGAGGCGUUUUUGUUUGCCCAUUUCCCACCAUCUGUCCCCUUCCUUUGCAGCUUCAGGAGCCCUCCGUUGUCACAAUGUUUGCACAUCAAACUAGAUUUAACUGUGAUCAUUACGUAUCCCCAGAACAUCUGCAGAGAUAAUUUGAAACUCCUGACUUUGAGAGAGCAAAGGAGUGUUUCCUGAGGAAUAAUUAAAUCAGAAUUUUAUGUGGGCUCCCCGCCCCUCGCUGUCGGUGUCUUUUCAUUUUGAAGAAUAACUCCUGGGUGCUCGUUUUCUGUGCUCAGUGCCGGAAGUAUCAAUGUUCCCGAAAGUGGAAAAGUUGGGUGGGCUAAAAUAGAUCCCUGCGCGAGGAUCAAGUGUUCCUUUGAACUAACAUUCUCUUUGAUGGAUUAUUGCAGAUUUGAACUACAUUUUUUAACUUUUGUAAAUAUAUGUAAUUUAUAUGAUUCUAAUAUACUAUAUUCAUACUUGAAUUGGUUUUCCCAUAUUUUGCCUAUUGGCAAGUAUUUUGCCUAUUUUUAAUCAUUCUAACCUGUUUGAAUACUCUUUUUUCUUAAAGCGAUAAGAUAUAUAUCUCUUAAUUGCUGCUGCUUAAUUUAACUUAAUGUUUUAAAAGGUCAGUCUGUCAGUUUUAAAAUAGCUUUAUUUUUCAAUGGAGAUCAUUGUUAGGAUGGGGUAUUUUUGUUCGGGUAAUUUUUAAAUGAUGUGAAAACCCAGCAACAGUCCUCUUACUGCUAGUUGUCUCAAUUCUGUGUAGUUUACCGGCAGACACAAGAGAAAAAGAAAGGUAAUUGCCUACAGGGAAGUACUGAGUGCUGUCUGGCUUAGUCAGAGUCUCCAAUGAUUAGCUGUCCCUGAGAGAGUGUGUCUUACAGCUGCAAUCUUUGGACUCCAAGGAAUGAUGAAGGAGGCACCUCCUCCCUUAUCUUGCCAUAUGACCUGAGGAUUGUUGAUUACCCAAGAUCAUCUUGUAAGGUGCGUAGCCUUGCAUGCAGAAAGGCUACAUUUCACCAAGAGAGACAGAAAGGUUUCUUUCUGGCAAGUUACGCUCUGAUACAUGUUUCCAUGUUCAUAAAUACGCCUGUCAAGUAAUUGUGCAGGCAACAUAUGCCCCAAAAUAAGGUUACUUUUGAACUUGAGAAGUUUCUGACCUAUAGUAAACUCGGAUGGCUUAAGUACAAGCUGAAAUUCAGGCAGUAAAUUCUAAGCUCUUGGGAGGGGUAAGAGUGCCACCCUCAGUCGGCUUCACAUCUUCUUGGGCUUCCAAGUGCAGUCCCCUCCCACCCUGCCCAAGCACCCACAGAGAGCGGCACAGCGGCAGGAAGGUAAGCCAGGCUCACUCACGUGGCUGCUUCGAGAACUUAGAUGCCCACGUAGUUUUGACUGGUGAGAUUUGUUUUCAGAUUUGAAAGCAACUUGGUUUGUGACCAUAAACUGUAGCUCACCAAAGUCCAGUGAUACAGUUGAGGAAAGGUAGCCUCUCCAAGGUCCAUUCUGCCCUGUGUCCACCUCACCAUCACCUCACAGGACCAGAGUGGUGCUCCCUGACCCGUGUGCUCAGGAGUCACCCACCGGUCAUCCUGGCCUCAGCCUGGGUGAGAUGCCUUUUUAAGAAGGUUUCCAGAAGUAAAGCCCAAUCAUACAUUCCCAUGGAUAAUUUUUUUCAGUUCAUGUCACUUUACUACAAACAAACACAGAGAUUCAGGGUGGAUGGUGUACAACUCUGAGUAUUUUUCUAGUCUGGAAUUUUGUAUUAAUAAUGGGUGCUGCCGGGUCAUGCACGCUGCCACCCUUGGCGUUUCCCUUCCUGGUUCCGCUUUUGCAGAAAGGGCUACAGUUCACACGGCAGAGUAACUAUUAAGCAUUCUGGGUUUUUUUCCUCCCCCAACCGUGGCCCAAAAGAAUUAAAACCUUUUAAUAUAAAUAACAUAUUUAUCAUUCCUCAGUAGUUUAUUAACUAUAGAGUUUGGUACCUUUGUGCCUCAGGGAAGCCACGUGAUAGAACUGGUUUUAGAAAUUCAGGGUUAGGGUCUACAGAAAGGAGUAAGCCAUUGGAAAAAUGAUGGGCUCCAGGACGGAGACGAAUGAACCUGGAUGCAGAAAUGUGCCAGGAACUGGCAUAGACGUGAUUGUAGUAGAAUUUAUUUUCCAGUACCAGUGGGGAAAUCGUUUUAAGUUAUUACAUGUACUGUAUUAGGAAAGUGGAGAACUCGUUUUUUCAUAAAGCUUCAUUGCCUUUUACUUUUGCUUACCUAGAAAAAUGCAAACCUCUUGUUAUGUGGGAGCUCAGUAUUAUUUGGGCGCUUUUAAGAGUGUAAGAGCUCACUUUAUGCUUAAUUUAAGUGUACUAUGGAUUAUAUAAUGUCUGUAGUUCUGAUUUCACUGAAGUCUUCUGUAAAGCCCUUCUGUCCUUAGGGUGUGUGCGAGAGGUGUGUGACCACGCGGCGCCGGUGCUGGGGAGAAAGUGCUAUCUUCCUGUGAGCUGGUCUCCUAGAGGUGGAAUUUCUCACAGACACACCACAGGACCUCGACCUGAAGCCAGUGCCGCUCUGUCCCCUUGGCUGUCCGUCUCACGUCCCCAUAGUGUAGCCUUUGCAGUGCUGAAGUUCCUCCUACAGUGCUGGACAGAGCACUGCUCUGUUGGCUUUUCUUUAUGACACAAAGACAAAGGAGAUAACUUCAGGGUCUUUUUAAAAGAAUGUAAGCAUUACUGAAGCAGUCCAGCAGAUGGUUCAGUAUUUUCUUUUUACUAAGACAUGUCCUUUCACAUAGGUUCUUCACCCUCAUGAAGAAUCCCUAGAGAAUGGGGAAAAACAAAUAUUUUUCCAGUUCUAUUUAACUGUUUCUUAGUAUGUUUCUAAACAAAAAUAAACUCAAUGAAAGGGAAUUGUUUCUUUUUAGCUGAGAUGAAAGCUCACUUCUCUGUAUUAAUCUAGAAGUGAAGGGCGUGGUCAUAUUUACCGUGUAGAGUAUUAUGAACAGUUAAAUUUUAAGGAUAUAUUUGUAAAAUUGUUCUUUUAUACUUCAUGUUAAAUCGAAAAGUUUAUUUCUUCACUAUUGUACCUGUGGAAAUACAAGCCAUUUUACAGGAAAAACUCUUCAAAACCUAUUAAACGGAUCUCACUAUGUUUGUGACUUGUUGUCUUCA